AUUUCUAAAAAAAUUUGUGACAAACUGAAAGAAAGAAAAAAAAAAAAAAAAAAACCUUUAAAAAGUGCUCACUGCACUGCAUAACAAGUUUUAUGCUCUGUGUGCUGCUUUUCUUCUUCUUCUUCUUAUUUUUUUUUAUUUUAAAUAUUUUUCGCUCAAUGUGAAAUCAUCAGUACGUCGUCACAAGCAGCCCGCUAAGCCAGCCAAACAGCCAUACAGGCAGUCAGCCAGCCAGCCAGCUAGCUAGCUAAAUUGUAUGAUUGUGUGUGUGCCUUAAAGCAAGUGUCUACAUUUUAUGCAUAUAUCGAAACGUAUGUAUGGAUAUUUUCUUCAAACCCUUUUAAAUAUCAACGUAACGACUUGAAAGUAUUUGUGCUAAAAGAUUUAUGUCAACCCAACGAAUGGACAGUUUGGACACAUUGGCAUAAAAGAAAACAAAAAAAAAAAAACAAAAUAAUAAUAAUAACAACAAUAAAUGAAAAAAAAGUCAAAGCAACGUGUCGUGUAACGCCUGCCAAUUCUACUCUGCACGUACACAUUUAACCAACAGCAAUAAGAAGAAAAUUUUAGAAAAAAAUUUCUUCCGCAUCGCAAAUGAAUUUCGUAUGCAAAACGCAUAUCAUAAAAUGUUAAGAGAGUGAAAUUAAACGUAAAUGAAAAUAAGAAAGAAAAAAACACAUAAAAUAAUCUGAUUACGAGAAAAAAAAUUAAAAAAAGAAUUAAAUAAAUAAAUUUAAUCUAUAUAACGUACGCUGUGCUAGAUCAUCAACAGAAACACUAACCUGUGGAUUGUAUGUAGAUUAUCUAGCGAGUGAAAUUUUCUACUACUUUUUCUUCUAUCUCAAAGUAAUUUAUUGCUGCGUGUCUUAAGCGUAUUCAAAAGUUAUGUAUCGACCAAAUUUUUAUGAGUCAACCUGCUUGCGUUGCAACGAAACUGUUUAUCAAGUAGAUCGUGUCGGUCCUUUAAAGGAUUUCACUUUCUUUCAUUCUGGUUGCUUUAAAUGCGUGCACUGCGGCACUAAAUUAACUCUGAAAACUUAUUAUAAUAAUCAACACAAACAGGAUGAUAAAGAGGUCUACUGUAGUUCUCAUGUACCAAAGAGUGGUCCCGGCCAUUUGGAUAAUACAUCGGUGGGUAUACGCCAGGCGUUAAAUGCCCCUCGCACUAAUAAAUAUGUUAAUGAGCAAAUCCGAGGAACACGUACCGAAGUCGACGGCAGCUUUGGUUCACGUCAAUCUACACCAAAUGGUUAUGGCAAUCGUGACAUUCAAUCGCCGCAAUCACAAAAUGAUACCGAUUACAAAUAUGGUCGUUUCGAUGCAAGCGCUCUGCACAUAGCGCACGCUCUUAAACAGACUGAAAUACAAAAAGCCUACAAUAAGGCCAGAGAAAAACCAAUCGAUUUCUAUUUGGCUCGCGAAGAGCAAGCACGCCUCGAAAUGAAACAUCGUAAAGAAGAAGACGAUCUCUAUCGAAGGUUCGCUCGUAAACGUGAAGAGGAGGAUCGUAAAAUUCAAUCGGAAUUUGAAAAUGAAUGGGAACGUGAACUGCAACGUCUUACGCAUAAAUUUGAAAAAGAGUUGGCCACCUCGAAACGCAACCGUGAAGAACAUAGUUUAUUGACGUUGCGACAUGAACAACAAAAAGAAGAUUUAGAGAAGAAUAUGACAUUGAGGCGGAGUAAAAAAAAGGAAAGCAUAACGCGUAAAAUGCUCGAACAUGAACGUUACGAAACAGCGGCUCUAGUCGAUCGUCAAUCUAGUGAAAUGUUGGAACUGAUCAGUGCUCGCCGCUCAGAAUACAUGCAAAAUGAAAGUAUCUUUCUCGAUGAUGAAUUCAGCGAAGGAACCAUACCUCUAGAAUAUCCUUUAGUUGCGCCAGCCCCCCAACCACCGGCAGUUAGCAAAUUUCAAAUAUAUACCGAUCCUAUAGAGUUUGAAGAUGUCGAUCGUAUCGCAAUUUCGGUGGCUCAAGAAGAUCAAAAAACCUUUACCGAUCUAGUACGUCAGUUGGUGGGUCGUUGCACAACUGAUAUAGAAAAAGCGCGAACAAUAUUCCGUUGGAUUACAGUGAAAAAUUUAAAUGCGAUGCAUUUCGAUGACGAUUUACGAGGUGAUACACCAAUGGGUCUAUUGCGCGGUAUUAAAUAUGGCACGGAAAGCUAUCACGUCUUAUUUAAACGUUUAUGUAGCUAUGCUGGUUUACAUUGCGUUGUUAUUAAAGGUUACUCGAAAAGCGCCGGUUAUCAACCAGGUGUUAAAUUUCAAGAUUCCAGAUUUCGUAAUUCUUGGAAUGCUGUUUACGUGGCGGGAGCCUGGCGCUUUGUACAAUGCAAUUGGGGCGCGAGGCAUUUGGUGAAUGCCAAAGAAGCGCCAAAAACCGGACGCGGUAAAAACGAUAGUCUAAGAUACGAAUAUGAUGAUCAUUAUUUUCUAACGGAUCCGCGGGAAUUUAUAUACGAAUUCUUUCCGUUGCAAGAGGAAUGGCAACUUUUAAAGCGACCAAUUACCUUAAGAGAAUUUGAAAAUUUACCUUUUGUACGUUCGUUAUUCUUUCGUUAUGGCUUGCAUUUUGCCGAUGAGGGUUACGGAGCCGUGGUAUUCACUGACGACACAGGAGCUGCCACCGUACGCAUUACGAUGCCCACAGAUAUGCAAAGCUGUUUAAUCUUUCAUUACAAUUUGAAAUUCUACGAUAGCGAUGAGGAUUCGUAUGACGGUGUUUCGUUAAAGCGUUUCGUUAUGCAAUCAGUCGUUGGUAAUAUAGUAGCAUUCCGAGUUCAUGCCCCUUGUUCGGGAGCCUUUCUAUUGGAUAUAUUUGCAAAUGCCGUUACACCCCAAGAAUAUUUAACCGGUGAACCCAUGAAAUUUAAGUCUGUUUGCAAAUUUAAGAUAUGCUGCGAAGAAUUGCAAACUGUUAUGGUACCUUUACCUGAUUGUGCCAGUGGUGAAUGGGGCCCGACGAAAGCUACUCGUUUAUUCGGCUUAAUACCAAUUACACAUCAGGACCCUCUAAUCUUUGCUGGCCGUAGUUUGGAUUUACAAUUUCGCAUGUCUCGACCUCUUACCGAUUUUAUGGCCACGCUGCAUAAGAAUGGCAUUGAAGAGAAAAAAUUAUCCAAAUAUGUAUCGCAUAAUGUUAUGGACGAUAUUGUUACGUUUAUUAUAACCUUUCCGGAAGAGGGUCAAUAUGGUUUAGAUAUUUAUACCCGUGAAUUGGGUACAAUCAUGCAUAGUAGUCAUCAUCAUCAGCAAUUGCAUAAUAGUUCAGGUUCGUCGUCGGGUGAAAAGCAUUUGCUCACGCACUGUUGUAAAUAUUUAAUAAACUCUUCAAAACGUAAUUAAUAUGCGGAUAAUGUUAUUUUAUAUAUGCAAGCGUUAUAAACAAUUAAUUAUAUGAAAAAGUUUUUCUUUUCUUUUUUUUUUAU